CCGGUCUCUUCAGAGCCUCAUUUCCGCCCUGACACAGGCGGGCGGAGGUGGACUCUUAUUCAGAUUAGAUCAGAGAAAUGGAGUAUGGAGAAUGAAACUUUGGUGACUGAGUUUGUUUCCGUGGGCUUGACAAACCGCUUCCAGCUCCAGAUUGGAAUCUUCCUACUUCCUUGGGGAAAAAACUAAGAAUAAAACCAAGUGACUACUUGACAGUUGGACUUCUUCUCUGUGCAAAGGCACAGGUCGGGGUGGGAAGAUGCGAUGCAUGCUGAAAAAAGAGCACGGUUUGCACUCCAGUGUUAAUUCCCUAAAGAAGAAAGGAACUCACUGACAUAGGCCGAACUAACCAAUGGCUGGUGAAAACUAUACAAGGAUCACAGAGUUUAUUUUCACAGGCCUAGAGUACCAUCCGCAUGUGCAAGGCUUCCUCUUCUUGUUCUUCCUUCUUUUUUACUUUGUUACCAUGACCGGAAACCUGGGCAUGAUUAUCCUCGUCCGGAUGGAUUCCCGCCUGCACACACCGAUGUACUUUUUUCUCAGUCACCUGUCCUUUGUGGAUGUCUGCUUUUCGUCCGUGGUUGGCCCCAAGAUGCUCAGAGACUUCUUCGCUGAAAGGAAAGCCAUUUCUUUCCUAGGCUGCGCCUCGCAGCAGUGGUCCUUUGGGCUCUUUGUGGCCAUGGAGUGCCUUCUCCUGGCACCCACGGCUUAUGACCGCUACGUGGCCAUCUGUACCCCACUGCUGUAUUCAGUUGUCAUGUCCCACAGACUCUGCAUACAGCUGGUGUUUGGACCCUGCGCUGCUGGAUUUCUGAACACCAUGACCCACACAACAGCUGCUUUCCGACUUCCUUUCUGUGGUUCCAACAUUAUCAAUCACUUCUUCUGUGACAUGUCCCCACUUCUAUCUCUGGUAUGUGCUGACACACGGAUCAAUAAAUUGCUAGUUUUCAUCGUGGCUGGAGCUGUAUUUGUGGUCAGCAGCCUGACUAUAUUAGUCUCCUAUUUUCACAUCCCCGUCUCUAUCCUGAGCAUCCGCUCUGCUCGUGGGAGGCACAGAGCCUUCUCCACCUGCUCUUCCCAUCUCACAGCUGUCUCCAUCUCGUAUGGGACUCUCUUCUUUAUCUACGUGAGGCCAGGAGCAGUUUUCGCUCUGGAUCUCAAUCAAGUGGUGGCAGUGUUCUACACAGCAGUGAUUCCCAUGUUGAAUCCUCUCAUCUACAGCUCGAGAAAUAAAGAAGUGAAAGCUGCUAUAUGCAGGACUAUCGCCAGGAGAAAGUUUUGCCUCAAAAGUUAA